AGAGUCAACAGGUGGCAAAGAUUCUGCACCGAAGCAGUCGCCGGUUGCCGGCAAUUUCAUGUUCUUUGCUCCGAUGAAUUCUUCAUAGAAUCGCCAUUGCAGUUUGGAGUUCUGUAAGAGAGAGUAGAGAUGCAAAUGACGAUCAGCAGAGUCCUCUGUCACCUCACCGGAGUCAAAGAUCUUCUUCUCUUCUUCUCCACAAUCUUCAUUUUUUACCUUCUUUAUCUCCUCCGCCACCUCCCCACUCCCACCGCCAUCACCGCCGUCACCACCACCACCGCCACCGCGCCAGUUUCCCUCUCCCAAAUUCUCUUUUCCGUUGCCGGCUCCUCGCCGUCUUUUCCUCUCCGCACACCUUACCUAAACCUCUGGUACAAUCCCAACUCCACAAACGCCGUCGUUUUCCUCGAUAGGCCCAAUACGCGUACGCCCAAUCGCUCCUUACCCGCCCCGCCCGUUUUCAUCUCAUCCGACACUUCCCGUUUCCCUUACACCUUUCCCGCCGGCAAAAGAUCAGCGAUCCGCGUUGCUCGCGUCGUCAAGGACACUUUGGACCUCGAAUUGAAGUCAAAUUUCGAUUUUUCUGAUAUUCGUUGGUUCGUGUUUGGGGACGACGAUACCGUGUUCUUCGUGGAGAACGUGGCGAGGAUUCUCUCCAAGUAUGAUGAUCGGAAGUGGUAUUACAUUGGGGCCCAUUCCGAGAGUUACGAGCAGAACGAGAAGUACUCGUUUGAUAUGGCUUUUGGAGGGGGCGGAUUCGCCAUUAGUGCUCCUCUGGCUAGGGUUUUAGCUAGGAUUUUGGACUCUUGUCUGUUCAGGUAUCCCAAUUUGUAUGGUAGUGAUGCCAGGAUCUUUGCUUGCUUGGCUGAGCUUGGAGUCAGUUUGACUCAUGAACUAGGGUUUCAUCAGGUUGAUGUCCGGGGAGAUAUUUUUGGGAUGCUUUCUGCACAUCCAUUGGCAUCUGCAGCAUCCCUUCAUCACUUAGAUACUGUGGACCCGAUUUUUCCAGGAAUGUCUAGAAUUCAAGCUGUUGAGCAUCUUUUCGAAGCUGUUCGUGCUGAUUCGGCUCGGAUACUGCAGCAGAGUGUUUGUUAUGACCAUUCCAACGUGUUCACUGUUUCAGUUGCCUGGGGUUAUGCGGUUCAGGUGUUCCAAGGGAAUCGCCUUCUCCCGGAUCUCCUCCAAUUGCACAGAACAUUCAGACCUUGGAAGAGGGGUAGGAAGGCGUUUUUGAGCCAUUAUAUGUUCAAUACUAAAGAUUUCCCGAGUGAUCCGUGUGAAAUGCCUGCUAUCUUCUACUUGAAUAGCGUUCUUUCUCUGACAAAUGGAUCCCGGACCACGUACACAAGGCAGAAUGUUUGGAAUUGUGAAAGGAACACUGCAAUAAAGGAAUUGGUUAAUGUCAAAGUCUUCUCAGGGAGGCUGGAUUUUGACGUUGGACAGCUGAAGGCCCCUCGUCGCCACUGCUGUGACAUUUCUUCACCAGUUAAUGAAACACUGGUUAUUGGCAUUAGAGAAUGCGGGGAAGAUGAACUUAUCAGAAUGCAGACAUAGAUUUCACUUCAAUUCCAGUCUGACAGUUGAGCAUAUUAUUUGACAUGGUGGGAUCAUGACCACUGUUUUAUCCCCACAACCGCGACUAACUCACAACAAGCCACCAACUGCCCAUUCUUUCAAUUCUCACCGAACUCACUUCAACACCAUCAACCACCUAACCAAAAGCUUCCACUGUCUCUACAGGAUACAGCACUAUGAGAUCUCUGUGCCCAAAUUUAUGUUGUACAAGGGAUGCUGGGUUUUCACAUCUCUGGUCAUGCACCAUGAUUCCAUAGUUUUGGUGGAUAUAUAAGUGCUAUUUCUCUCAAAGGAAGACUGAGCUUCACUUCCCUAGUAAACCUUGGAAGCUUUGUUCAGAUUACCUCUUCAGUUUCUUUGCUCGGCCUCUGCUAUUUUCAAGGAUAGUGAAGACAUUUGAUCCACCACCAGCUGGUAUUUGUAAUUUGUAUACUUCAUAAAGUUCAUAUAUGAAGAAAUUUCAAUUUGUGUACUCUAAUGAUUACGCUAUCGUGUGAUACUCAGUCGGCAAUGUGUUUGAUGCAUGUGUAUAUGUAUAUGAAAACCAUUUGGGAGGGUCAACUUCAGCUAAGUUGGUCAGACCAUUGAUUUGGUAA